AUCGGUAUCGGCCGAUAAAUGGUCAUUUUUAAUGUUAUCGGCCGAUAAUAAAAAUGUAUGCCGAUAUAUUAAAGCCGAUAAAUCUUAAAUCAUUUCCUAUGGUUACACUACUUCAUCUGCACGCUGCUCACAGUUAAAUACAGUACAGUACUGUCUUUCUGUCAUGAUCAUUCACUUACUGCUAUUAUCAAAACAUUGCUGAUAGGUACAGUAUGUAGAUACAGUAUUUAUGAUGUGUAUAUUUAUCAUUUCAACGUGUAAAUUAUAGGAACAAAAGCAUAUUGUUUGAACCAGACUGCUGUCUGAAUGCUUUCUGUCUUGAGACUUGUUUGACAUGUGGCAUAAAAAGUUUGAAGGUUAAAGAAUCGUUAAGUAGUGUAAAGUAGGCUUGGUGCAUGAUUUUCAGGGAAAAAAAAGAGAACUAAUGGUUACCUUGUUUUCCACGGUGAAUGUUUUCAAAUAAAAGCAGUUGUCCACUUUUUGCUUUUUGUUUCAGUCUCAGGGAAUUUUUUAUCAAUAUUUAGAUACUGUAUAUCGGCCAAUAUAUCGGUUAUCGGCUUCCAAUGUUAAAGAAUUAUUGUUAUCGGCAAAAAUUGACAUAUCGGUACAUCCCUAAUAAAAUUACAGAGGAAUUUACAGGGUUGUCUGCCUAUGAAGUGUGUGUUUGUGUACAGGUGAUCUACAAGGCUAAUACUGGUGUCAAAAUGGAAAGGGGAGGCGAGAAAGAGCCUAAUGAUCCAACGGUUUCUGAGCGCAUCUCGGCAUGCCUGAAUGACAUCUCUCUCUGGAUGAAGGACCAUCACCUGCAGCUGAACCUUGCAAAAACGGAACUGCUCGUGAUCCCGGCCGACCCGAAGACUCAGCACGACCUUUCCAUCCAACUAGGUUCAUCAACCAUUCCUCCUUCCAGAACGGCCAGAAACCUGGGAGUGGUAAUUGAUGAUCAGCUGAACUUCACAGACCAUGUUGCCAGCACCACCCGGUCCUGUAGAUUCAUCCUCUACAAUAUUAGGAGAAUUAGACCUUUUCUGUCUGAGCAUGCUACGCAAGUUCUUAUCCAGGCUCUCGUCCUGUCCAGACUGGACUAUUGCAAUGCUCUACUGGCUGGUCUUCCAGCUUGUACAACCAGACCUCUUCAGAUGAUCCAGAAUGCAGCGGUAAGAGUGGUCUUCAACGAGCCGAAGAGAGCGCACGUCACUCCUCUCUUCUUUAUGUUUCAUUGGCUCCCUAUAGUCGCUCGCAUCCAAUUCAAAUCUCUGCUCUUGGCCUACAAAACCACCACUGGUUCGGCACCCCCAUAUCUUCACUCGCUAAUUCAGAUUUAUGUACCCGCCAGAUCCUCGCGCUCUGCAAUCGAACAACGUCUUGUGGUGCCGUCCCACAAAGGGAAAAAUCACUCUCAAACACUUUCUCCGGAUGUGUUCCAUGACUCUGGAACGAUCUCCCCCUUGCCACAAGAUCUGUAGAGGUCUUUAAGAAUCGGCUAAAAACACAUCUCUUCCGUCAACAUCUGACCCAUUAGUACAGUCUUCUACUUCUUUUCUACUUUCCUAUCCCCCCAAAAAAAUUUCUUAGCUUCGUAUACUGUGAUAGGCUGACUGAGACCAGUUUUUAUUGCACCUAUGCAUUGUUGUUCUCUUGUUGCACAAAUUGCUUCUAUUGUUUUUCCCCUUCUUUGUACGUCGCUUUGGAUAAAAGUGUCUGCUAAAUUACUAAAUGUAAAUGUAAAUAUAGUAUAUAAUUUAAUAUAAUAAAAAUCUAGAUUUUUUCUUUUCAUCUAAUCUUAAGCCUUAUUUUUAUAGACAAACUUCCCAGAAUGCACCUCAUGAAUGUUGUUAAAUGUGAAGUUUGUCUUUAGGUUGUUAGAAUUUUGCUAUUUUUAUGUUUGGACAAUGGCACCAUAUACACAGUCGCAGAAAAAAUUAAGAGACCGUUCAAAAUGUUAAUUUCAGAUCAGCAUAUCUAGAUGUAUUGUGGUCAUUCCAGUCCAGUGUCUGUUUCAAUAUAAUCAAACCUCAGGAAUGACAUAUAGUCAUCCUACAGCAAUGUGAAAGACAGCACGACAAGACACAUGAAAGCUGUGAUACAUAUCCAGGUUAUUAAAUUAUCACUAUCACUAUGGCGCUCCCUAAUGGUAACUGCGAGUUCUACAUUUGACUUAGGACAAACCAUUAAUUUUAACAUAAAAACACCAUGAGGCAUUAAAUUGUUAACAUUAAAGUUGUCCAAAGUUGUGUGCUACUGUACUUUGAAGUCUUUUGUACUCGUAUGUUUUAUGUGACAGUAUUUAAGUAGCUAUUCCCUGAAAUAUGCAUUAAUAAAAUAUUUAAUACUGUGGCUUUCAACUGGCAUUAAAAUGUCACCAUAUUCAAGCUGACGCAAGGCCAAAAUAACAAACCAAUCUGACACAGAUUUAAUAACAUUUAGAAUGAAUUAGUUUGUUACUUACAAAAAGCUAUUGUAUGGCUUCAGAGGUCGUGGAAUAUAGAAAUAGGGCUGGGCAAUCGAUUAAUCGUUUUUUUAAAAUGCGGUCGAUUUAAUAUCGAUUCUCAAAAACUGUGAAUCGAUUUUUUUCUUUCAUAUUUCCGCAAGCACUGAACAUUCAUUAACGUGAAUGUUAUUGCUACUAAUAGAUAGAUAGAUACUACUGGAUGCGGGUGUGUCGUCGAAUUUAACAUCACCUUCACAUAAAAGGCAGCGGUUCAUAUGAUUGCAGCCUCUCUUUACAGCUAAUUUUGUACAAUUUUGUUUGUUAUAUCUUAAAUGUAAAACAACCUGAUCCUGUUUGAUCAAGGUAUACGACUGUUCCGUUUCAAUAUACCCAAGUGUACCCCAAAAUACAGGUUUGUGGCUCUUCAUUUCUUUUUUUAAUUCAUUAUUGUAAUCUGAUGUUUACUGAUCUUUUUAAAAAAAAUAUCUAUAGGAUUUGUAUUAAAUCUAAAAUCAUUGACUCGAGAAUCGAAUCGAGAGCUUGUGAAUCGGAAUCGAAUCAGAACAUCAGAAUCGAUACCCAGCCUUACAUAGAAAGAUUUUGAAUAGAGCUCCUUUGACUUUUAUGGUGAUUUAAUGAUAUUUUGAGGCUGGCCUGUGGAACAACACGGGGGGAGUAAAUCAUUUUACAAUUUUAAGGUUUGUGGGUUUUGAUGAACUGUGCCUUUAACACCAGGAUGAGCAACAGUAACCUUUUAUCUUCAAAGGGUGGCAGCAUGCUACAACUAUGCCACAUCAGCAUCUGCUGAUCUCUACAUCCCAUGUGCGUCAUGAAACUGUGGUUUGACCUCAGACUGCUGAUGAUACUCAUGGAUUCACUAGCAGCACCACAGUUCCUCUUUCAAUCUCCUCUCAUCAAACAACACACUGUCCAGAUCAUGUGCUGUGGUUAUGAAGGAGCUCCUCAAAUCAAAUGAAAGAGAAGUAAGUCUCUCUUGUUUGAUGUACUGUUUAGUGUAAUGGUCACUGUGGUGACUUCGGGCUGACAAUAUACACUCUGCAACAGUAUAAAUGCCUCAACCGGCAGAGAUUUUGCUAGACAAUUUAUAUCACAGCAGAUUUAAAUUCAGAUUGAAGUAAGAUGUGGGAUUUGUGGUAGAUGUGAAGAAA